AUGUUAAGUCACUUUUUACGUCCAUAAUUUUCAAAGAAAGAGAAACACUCUAGAUAUCAUUUCUGUUCUUGAAUGAAAAAUGAGAAGCCUUGAAGAGAGUAGUAGGAGAUCAUCAACAUCAUCAUCGUCAUCAUCAUCGUCAUCAUCAUCGUCAUCAUCGUCAUCAUCAUCGCUAAACACAAGAGCAUCACCAUCAUCAUCAAGAACAUCAUCAUCGUCAUCAUCGCCAAUAGCACCAAUAACACCAUCGGUUGAGAUGAAGAAUGGUAUAAAUGGAAUUCGCCACUUUGUUCUUCAAAAUGGUCGUGGAGCUUCGGCAACAAUUAGUAUUCAAGGAGCACAAGUUAUUUCUUGGAAAACAGAACGCGACGAGGAGUUACUCUUCAUGAGUAGCAAGGCAGUGUUUGAUUAUCCACAUCCAGUGCGGGGAGGAAUUCCAAUUUGUUUCCCACAGUUUGGGAACCAGGGAACACUAGAGAAACAUGGAUUUGCCAUGAAAAAAAUAUGGUUUUAUGAGAAAGAUCCUCCACCACUUGUAGGAAAUUUCAAUGGAAAAGCGUUUAUUGACUUUGUGCUAAGACCAACCCCAGAAGAUGAUUUAAAAAUAUGGCCACAUGGUUUCGAGUUUCGCAUAAGGGUCACUUUGGCAGCAGAUGGCAGUUUGGCUUUGAUAUCUCGCAUUAGGAAUGUUGAUAGUAGCAAAUUUAGUUUCUCAAUUGCAUACCAUACAUAUUUCUCUGUCUCUGACAUCGGUGAAGUGAGGGUGGAAGGGUUGGAAACUCUUAACUAUGUAGACAACCUAUUGCAGAACCAACGUUUCACAGAACAAGGAGGUGCUUUGACAUUUGAAUCCGAGGUCGAUCGAGUUUAUAUUGAUACUGAUAAUAUGGUAGCUAUUCUAGAUCAUCAAAAGAAGAGAACAUUUGUGAUAAGAAAGGAUGGAUUUCCGGAUAUUGUUGUUUGGAAUCCUGGGGAAAGAAAAUCCAAGGCCAUAGUAGAUUUUGGGGAUGAUGACUACAAGCAUAUGCUAUGUGUUGAUGGUGCAUCAGUUGAAAAUCCAAUCACUUUGAAGCCAGGUGAAGAAUGGACAGGUCGCUUGGAGUUCUCUCUUGUCCUAUCUUCUUGAUCUAAAAGCAUAUACUAACAAAAAUAAACCACCAAGCAUUCAUUUUUAGCAAGUGGUAGUUAAU